AUGGCUUCUAAUUUACCGAUGAGCCCUCAAUUGGAGCAGAUCCAUGGCGAAAUCCGUGACCAUUUCCGAGCCCUCGCGAAUGGUUUCCAGAGGUUGGAUAAGAUCAAGGAUUCAACUAGACAAAGCAAGCAACUAGAGGAGCUUACUGAGAAGAUGCGAGAGUGUAAAAGGUUGGUCAAGGAGUUCGACCGGGAACUCAAGGACGAGGAAGCUAGAAAUUCUCCUGAAGUAAAUAAGCAAUUGAACGAUGAGAAACAAUCUAUGAUCAAGGAACUCAAUUCUUACGUUGCGCUAAGAAAAACGUAUAUGAGUACCCUUGGCAACAAGAAAGUUGAACUUCUUGAUAUGGGAGCUGGAGUCAGUGGGGAACCUACAGCUGAAGAAAAUGUUCAAGUGGCUUCAUCUAUGUCAAAUCAGCAGCUGGUUGAUGCUGGACUGCAAAGAAUGGAUGAGACUGAUCAGGCCAUUGAACGCUCAAAACAGGUCGUAGAACAGACAAUCGAAGUUGGAACUCAAACUGCUGCUAAUUUAAAAGGACAGACGGAUCAAAUGGGACGUGUUGUUAAUCACUUGGACACGAUUCAAUUCUCUAUCAAGAAGGCUUCCCAACUGGUGAAAGAGAUAGGGAGACAGGUGGCUACCGAUAAAUGCAUAAUGAUGUUCUUGUUUCUCAUUGUAUGCGGUGUAAUAGCCAUUAUCAUAGUGAAGAUUGUGAACCCGAAUAACAAAGACAUUAGGGACAUCCCAGGAUUAGCUCCUCCAGCGCAAUCGAGGAAGCUAUUGUACUUGAGGAAUCAAGACUAUAUGGGAAGAUAG